GUGCCACGCGCGCAAGAUGGAGGAGAAGCAGAGCGAAGGCACGGGAUGGUAGCAGACCCUGCGCGCCAUCGCUCUCCAUCCACCGUCGUCGCGCGCCGUGGUGCGAUCUAGCGCUGCGCGCUUUCUAGCUCCUCGUUCCGUUCACCAGUUCCUCCACUCUCGCUGCGCGCAGGGUCUCGUUGCAUGGCGUCGGUAGUCUCGUAGAGCUUCGCGCUAUGCGAACUGGAGCUGCGCUUGUAUGCCCAGCGCACGCAUGCUACCGUGCUGCGUAUGUCGCAGUGCCGUGCAGCUUGUGCGCACCACGAUGGGUCUACGCGCAGGCACGGCUGGGCUCGAGCGAAUCGAGCAGACGAGAGAUCCGCGACGUUCCUCGGGCCUGCGAAGGGCUAGCGCUUGCGUAUGGGCCGUCUCUUCUGCAGAGAGAUGCACAGUGAAGCAUGCACCGUUGACAGUGCUGUUGCGCGCGAGCUUUGCGGGAAGCGUAGCCUCGUCGCCUGUCCCGGCCCUUCGACCGCUCCUUGUGACUCCACCACUCUCAGCACUGACGCACCGCCCUCCUCCCAGCUCCAUCCACAUCCACUCUUCGUCUUCCACACCCCGCCUCCUCGCUUCCUUGACUGCCCCGGUCCUUUCAGCACGUCCCUCUGCACGUCCUGCCGCUUUCCGUCAUUGCGCGUUGCGUGUCAUCUCUCUCCGGAUGGCGCCACGCCCUCAAGUCCAAAGCCGUCUCGCCUGCAACGAAGCCAGCCCGCGGUGCCUCGCCGUCUCGUCCGUCCGCCCUGCUCGCCCCAUUCUACUCUCGACUCUUCUCUCUACACGCCCCGCGCGCCUAUCUCUCACGCACGCCUUGUGAAUACCAUGUGCUAUCUCCCGUUGCCUGACGAGCGCCCGCCGAAUCUGCAGAUGACAUGCAGUCCAGAGUACAACGACUGCCGUCUACAACUCGGCAUACACAUCUGUUCGCCGCUGUUCCCACAGCGGCAUCUCGGCGCGCAGCUUGCUGAGAUGUAAGGUCGG